UGAGUGAUGGGUUGCAGAUGAGGCCAAAAUACAACGGAAUUGUACAUUGUUUCAGAAGUAUCUGGAAACAGGAAGGAAUUAGAGGCCUUUACCAAGGAGUAACCCCAAAUGUCUGGGGUGCAGGUUUAUCUUGGGGAUUAUACUUCUUCUUUUAUAAUGCCAUCAAAGCCUACAAACAAAAUGGUCGUCCAGAACAACUUAACGCUACUCAACACCUUAUCUCAGCUGCUGAAGCUGGUGCAGUGACGCUCUGUAUUACAAAUCCGAUUUGGGUAACGAAGACUCGGUUAGUCCUGCAGUAUGAUGCAGGAUUUGAUCCAUCAAAGAAACAGUACAGAGGCAUGUUGCAUGCCCUUUUGAAAAUAUAUCAGAAUGAAGGUGUUCGUGGACUGUACAAGGGAUUUGUGCCUGGCCUUUUUGGUACAUCACAUGGUGCUCUUCAAUUUAUGGCUUAUGAAGAAUUAAAGAAGGAAUACAGCUUUUAUAAAAAUGUGGCAGUAGAUGUGAAAUUGAAUCCCUUAGAAUAUGUAACAAUGGCAGCAUUAUCCAAAGUUUUCGCCGUAACAGCAACAUAUCCAUAUCAAGUAGUGCGUGCUCGGCUGCAGGAUCAGCAUACCCAGUAUUCUGGAGUAAUGAAUGCUAUAGGGAGAACAUGGAGGAAUGAAGGAGUUCAUGGAUUUUAUAAAGGAGUUGUUCCAAAUGUGCUUAAAGUGACACCUGCAUGUUGCAUUACAUUUCUGGUAUACGAGAAUGUAUCUCAAUUUUUACUUAGUUUCCGUCAAUCCUGAACUUUUGGACUGUUUCGUCAGCAUUUGAAUUGCAGAGGCUUAUCAUUUCACCAAACAAAACUGCAACUUUGAGAAGGAGAUCAAAUGCUGUCUAGGUAACACUUUUAGCUGCCCACUGUAUUUCCCACACCUCCCCCAAGCUGUAGUAGUAUUUUUAAAUACUGGUCUUAAAAUAAUAUUUAUUUCAUUUCAUAUUGUUUAAAUCUACACAGCUGGCAGAUAUUGUUAGAAGUUCAAUUUCUUUCAUUCGUGAGAUGGGUAGGUGUCAUUAGCAUUGAUUGUCCAUCCCUCAAAUUCAAAAGGUAAACUUCUGAGUAUCAGAUGUUAUCUCUGGGUAAAAUGCUUAAUGUUUAAUAUUUUACUCCUUAAAGGAUCCAAUUUCUAGAAACUAUAAUCAGCAAAUUACAGAGCAAUUGAUGUUGAAUUUAAUUGAUAGUCUGUUUUGUAUUCUUGCAAUGGUCUUUUGUAAUAAAGCGCAUUUGGUAUAAUAA